AUGCUUAUAACCCACCACCAGAUGUCGUUGCGGCGCUUUUUAUUGGGGAAAAGAGCCACCCUAGGCACCCGCGCAUACCGAAUAGAAGCAAAUAAACCCCCUGCAAAAUCUUAUACAUGCUUUUUGAGUCCCGUGUCAAUGACAUGGAAUGCGUUGAUUCCACCAUCGGUAAAGUAUUUUGGAGCCGCUUGCACUUUGGGAUUAGUGCUCACGAAGAUACAUCCGAACGUUUUGUUUACUGUGGGACCACCCUUGCUACUUUCUGUGUGGUUCUUGAAUCGCCAGAUUGCUUCUAGAAGGUAUAGGAAUGAGCUUCAGGUGAUAAUGCCAGUGACGGCCGAAGCCUUUAGUGAAAAAAACGAUAAAAUUCAGCUCAAAAGCUACGAUGAGAGCGAUGAAGAACUUGUCUUGAAGGGGAUUGAAUCUGAAUUUGACUUUUUCAAAACGCAAAUAGCCGAAUUAGUUGCUAGACGCAUACGAGACCACGCUAGUAUGGAGUCCAACAGAAAUCUGCUUCUUGUCGAUAAAAACGGUCAGUUCUGCUUACAUCUCUCGGAGAACUACAUAGAAACGUUUAUUGUACUGAAGGCUGAAAUCAAGCUGGAGGAGAGUACUCAAUUGGUGGAUUUCAUAAAGUUAUCAAUGCCGCUAUUUGCUUCAAGGCAAGACAAAGUGAAAAAGGCAACUGUUGAAAUAUACUUGCUACAGGUGCCAGGCACGGACAUGGAGUACAAGAUCACUUUGCGGAUCACACCUUAUAAACUCUGGACUUCAAAGAAUGAAUCCAUUGUCAUCACCUCGCUUCCCGGCGGUCCUAUGAAGAGCGAAUACAUUACGAAAUUCAAACCCGACAUAACAGUAUAA